UCAAUGGCAAAGUAGGUCACCGGCUCAUGUUUCACCUUCUCUGCGAUUGCCCUCAGGUGCUUCUGCUCGUCAACUAUGAGUUGCUUGACAGGUUUCACACGGCGCGUCGGGUGUUUAUAGUUCGGGUUCUUGAAGCUGUUGGGCGUGGAGUUCAUCUCCGCAACCGUGUGUAUAUCAACUGUAGCCUGUGUCAUUUCUUACCCUGUGUAUCCGCCAUCCAUGGCUCAACCCCCCAAAGUAAACACAACCUCCAAAAGUCCACCGGUGAUGGUGCUAAGAGGGCAGGUUGGUUGGGGACACAGUACGGUUCCAUACACACACCGUCAAUGCUGUGUGUUGAGGGAUCCACAGUCUUCCACCAACGGCACACGAUCUGGCUGUAUUGACAGCAGUACGGUGUACGUGAUUUGUCUACGAAGACAGGGUAGUGCUGGUGUUACAGUACGCGUACAACGGCUUCAGAGAACGUGGUGUACAGGUGGUAUUUAUACCAUUCGGGCAGUGAUACAUCCAAACACCAGGCACGGCCAGCGGGAGUGUGCUGCGCACGCUAUUUCAGCUGGGUUGGCAUUCAAAGCGUUGUGCACCACACAGUGUUAUAGUGUCACAGAGGUAGGCAGAGGCCCUGGACAACGGGCAUGCCCACCAAGCAAUCCACUCGUCAAGCCCUCGUUCCAAUCAGGCAGGUAUCGGUAACGUCCGGGGGUGCACGAAACCGAGUCACAGGCGAGGACGAUGCGCGAAAACCGAAGUCAACUACAGAAAAAGAAGAGAAAACCCCUACACCAAUAGUUAACGGCCCCGGAGUCACCCAAGGGCCGGAGUCAACACACAGGGGGGUAAUAAACUCUUGCAUC